AUGGCUAGUAACCCACAAAAAUCACUCAGAGGAAGGAUGAGCAAUUCAUCUUGUGUCAGAGAGCCUUUCCUGAAGAUGGUCCAUGCCAAUGAAUCCCUCCCGACCCACCAAACGUGGGUUCAGCGCGAGUUCCUUCUCCCCAGGGAGACCUGCGAGUUACCUGGCUUUACCCGGCAAGCCUACCACCAGCUGGCCCAGAGGCUGCCACCCCACUCAGAUAUGAAGUCCAAAGUGCACCGCCGGCUAAUCCACCCUUGGAAGGACACAAUCCAGCACAGCUGGGGCUUUCACACGUGGCUCGAUGUGGGGCGUCUGCCUGCCACCUUUCCCACACACCCUGACGUGCCCUAUGACAGCAAUGUCUGGCGCUGGCUGACCCACUCCAAUGCCCACGACUAUCCCCCAGCAGACACCCCCAUCCCUCCUCCCUCCUGGAUUGGGAAAAACAACUUCCCGGCCUUCAUCCACUCUACCCCCAUCUUCUUGGACAUAAAUAGGAAGAGCCAGGUGAUUUUGAAGACAAAGAAGGAGCUGAAGGAGAUGCAGAAACUCAAGCUGAGGAGUGAAGUCAGAGCGCCUCCACUGGAUACUCAUGGCAACAUCAUGCCUCCUGCAAACUUCAAAAAAGCCCAGUACAUAUCUGCUGGUGGGAGGUUUGAACCUCAAGGUCUCCCACUCCUGCCCAAUCCACUCCCCACUACUCUCUCCAGAGGCUGGCCUUGCCCAAACCCUGUGCCUCAUUACCAGGAGAAGGCGCUAAAGCUGGCCUUGCUGCCCAGCAUGCCCCUGAGUAAGGACCUCAUAAAGGAUUACCAAACCCUGAUAAAGGACCGAAUUGCCUUGCCCCUCUACCCUCUGUCCAAGGCACAACCUGGCAAAAUCUUGGGGAAGAAGAGGAAGAGAAGACCUGGAUACAUCUAG